UACUUCAUUGCAUUGCAUCAAGAUUCAAGAUCAGCCAUCAUCAUGCUCUGACUUCACUUCACCCUCUCUGGAAUUUAAUCAAACAAACAAACCAACCCUCACUCUCUCUCACUCUUCCUGUACUAACUCACUAGCAUCUUCUAGUUCCAUGGCAUUCACCUUCAACAGUGACUAUUAGAUUUUUUUUAGAUCUCUCAUCACCUUCACCAUAAUGUGAGUGAACUGUGAAUACUUUAGCUUCAAUGUCAUGACUCAUGUAUGUGAGUGAGCAACAGCUUGCUACUUGGAUCGAAGUGAGUGGGCAUUGAUCUUGUAAACCAUUGGAGUUAUGGAACGGUCAACGAAGAUGAGAUUGGUGGAGUUUGGUUGUGUUUUGAUUGUUCUGUCUCUUCUUCUGGUUUCUGGGAGCGCUGAGGUUUACAUAGUAACUGUUGAAGGUGAGCCUAUCAUCAGUUACCGUGGAGGAAUUGAUGGGUUUGAAGCUACUGCUGUGGAAUCUGAUGAGAAGAUUGACACCACAAGUGAAUUGGUUACUUCUUAUGCUCGUCAUCUUGAAAAGAGACAUGACAUGAUUCUGGGGAUGCUGUUUGAGCAAGAGACAUACAAGAAGCUCUACAGCUAUAAACAUCUUAUAAAUGGGUUUGCUGUUCAUAUUUCCCCAGAACAGGCAGAAACUCUAAGACGUGCUCCUGGAGUGAAAUCUGUUGAGAGGGACUGGAAAGUGAGAAAACUGACGACACAUACCCCGCAAUUUUUAGGCCUUCCAACCGGGGUAUGGCCGACAGGAGGCGGCUUUGAUCGGGCUGGAGAAGACAUUGUGAUAGGAUUUGUGGACUCAGGGAUCUAUCCCCACCACCCCAGCUUUGCGACUCAUAAUACCGAACCGUAUGAGCCGGUUUUGAAGUAUAGAGGAAAAUGCGAAGUUGAUCCGGAUACUAAAAGAAAUUACUGUAAUGGGAAGAUUGUCGGAGCACAACACUUUGCUCAAGCUGCAAUAGCUGCUGGGGCAUUUAACCCUUCAAUUGAUUUUGCAUCUCCUUUGGAUGGGGAUGGACACGGAAGUCACACAGCCUCUAUUGCAGCUGGAAAUAAUGGAAUCCCUGUAAGAUUUCAUGGCCAUGAAUUUGGGAAAGCAAGUGGGAUGGCUCCUCGUGCCAGGAUUGCUGUGUACAAGGCCCUCUAUAGACUGUUUGGAGGGUUUAUUGCCGAUGUAGUUGCUGCAAUUGAUCAGGCUGUAUAUGAUGGAGUGGAUAUACUCAGCCUUUCAGUUGGACCCAACAGUCCUCCAACAGCCACAAAAACUACAUUUUUGAACCCUUUUGAUGCUACACUUCUUGGAGCUGUGAAAGCUGGUGUAUUUGUUGCACAGGCUGCUGGAAAUGGCGGUCCAUUUCCUAAGACAAUGGUUUCAUAUAGUCCAUGGAUAACAUCUGUAGCAGCUGCAAUUGAUGAUCGUAGAUAUAAAAACCAUUUGACCCUUGGGAAUGGAAAAAUCUUAGCUGGAAUCGGGUUAUCACCUUCUACACAUUUAAACCAAACAUACAAGUUGGUUGCUGCAAAUGAUGUGCUGCUAGAUUCUUCACUUAUUAAGUACAGCCCCACAGAUUGCCAGAGACCAGAAGUUUUAAACAAGAAAUUGAUAGAGGGAAAUAUUCUUCUCUGUGGAUAUUCUUUCAACUUUGUUGUUGGUACUGCAUCAAUCAAGAAAGUCUCAGAAACAGCAAAGACCCUUGGGGCUGCUGGAUUUGUUCUCUGUGUUGAAAACGUUUCCCCGGGAACUAAAUUUGAUCCUGUUCCUGUUGGCCUUCCCGGAAUUCUUAUCAUAGAUGUCAGCAAUUCGCAGGAACUUGUAGAUUAUUAUAAUAUCUCUACACCAAGAGACUGGACUGGACGGGUGAAGAGUUUCAUAGGUACAGGUAAAAUUGGCGACGGCUUGAUGCCUAUCCUUCAUAAAUCUGCACCACAGGUGGCAUUGUUCUCCGCUAGAGGGCCAAAUAUAAAGGACUUCAGCUUCCAAGAGGCAGAUCUUCUCAAACCCGAUAUAUUAGCUCCUGGUUCAUUGAUUUGGGGUGCUUGGUCUCUAAAUGGAACUGAUGAGCCAAAUUAUGUUGGUGAGGGUUUUGCCAUGAUAUCUGGAACUAGCAUGUCCGCACCACAUAUAGCUGGAAUUGCUGCUCUUAUAAAGCAGAAACAUCCACAAUGGAGCCCUGCCGCCAUUAAAUCAGCCUUGAUGACAACAUCAACAACUCUAGACAGAGCAGGGAAUCCUCUUCUAGCCCAGAAAACUUCUGAAACAGAAGCUAUGAAGCUGGUCAAAGCCACUCCUUUUGAUUAUGGGAGUGGGCAUGUUGAUCCAAGAGCUGCCUUGGAUCCUGGUCUCAUCUUUGAUGCAGGAUACGAGGAUUAUCUCGGCUUCUUAUGCACAACACCAGGCAUUGACGUUCAUGAGAUAAAGAACUACACUCAUGUGCCAUGCAACACUACCAUGGGUAAACCAUCAAAUUUAAACACCCCUUCUAUCACAAUUUCCCAUCUUGCGGAACCUCAAGUUGUCACCCGCACGGUCACGAAUGUUGCUGAGGAAGAAACCUACGUGAUCACAGCCAGAAUGGAACCAGCUGUUGCCAUUGAAGUCAACCCUCCUGCAAUGACUAUCAGAGCAGGUGCAUCGCGUAAGUUUUCUGUGACACUCACGGCUCGAUCAGUUACAGGAAGCUAUAGUUUUGGCGAGGUUGUAAUGAAAGGGAGUAGAGGGCAUAAGGUGAGGAUACCUGUUGUGGCCAAAGGAUGCCCCCGGUAGACUAGUUUGGUCAGCAGAGGAAAGCAGUGCUUAUAAUAUUCUUUGUAACCUUGUGGGGGAAUAAGGUGUGGCGGUAGAUUUAUAGCAUGUUUGGAUCAACUUCUCUUGUCUCAGAAACAACUCUCACACCUAAAAGCUACUCAUAGAAGCGUCUCACCAGAAUUGGUUUUGGCUUGAUUUUGGCUCCAUAAUCAAUUAUAGAAGGUUUUCCAAACAUGCACUUUUUCGUCUAAAAAAUGUUAUGAUAUUGAGUUAUGAAUAGGUGUAAAGGUAAGCAGGUAUAAGGGGGUGACUCCUAGUUUCUUCCACAUAAAGUUUUGCUUAUAUGUCUAGUGAUUUGCUGAAAUGCUUCUUCGUGAGAAGUUUAUUAUUACAUGUAUCUGCCCCAUUCCCUAGUAAUUUAUUUUUUGAUGUACCGAGGGUGUUCCUCAGCCAAUAGCUAAAGACUAAUCUCUUCGGGACGUAUAGAUCAUCGAAGUGGUUACUUGCCUAGUGCAGCUGUAAUCUAUGAAAUAAUUAGUAUGAUAUCAGGUGUUAAUGUCACAA